CCACGUUUUAUAUCAAUUAUUGAUAUAUUUGAUGAUUUAAUAACAUCCGGUCUUAGAUCAACAAUUGAACUUCUUGUUUUAUCUAAACAAGAUAUUAUUAUUAAAAAAUUAUCUUUAUUAAAACAUUUUGAAUCUAUAUCAUCUUUUCAUAAACAUGAUGCUGAUUUACUUCAGUUAUACGUGAAGAUGAUUUAAUUGAAUAUUUAACAAAACAUGCAAUGACAAUCAAAGUAAUUUAUACUAAUUCUCCAUUAAAUAAUGAUGAACGUCAAAAUUUUAUUACAAAAAAUUUUAUCGAAUCAACAAAAAGAUUAUCAUCACUAUGUAUUCAUGAAUUAGAUAGUUAUUAUAUAUCUAUGGAAAAUUUAAAAAAUUCUGAUCAACAAAACCAAUAUCUAACAAUUAAACAACGAAAGAAUAAUGAUAAUAUUCAUAAAAUUAUUAAUGAAAAUGUUUGUAAACUUGGUUGUUAUUUAACUUAUAAAAAAGCUUCUAUUCUUGUUGAUUAUGCUGAUCCAAAAUAUGAACAUGAACUUUCAUCUUUAAUUACAAUACAUGAUAUUAUUUUACAAGAAUAUUUUAAAAUUUUAUUAAAAUCAACGAAUAAUGAAAUUAAUUUUGAAGAACUUUCUACAAUUAUUCUUCCAAAACAACAAGUAAUUAUUUUAAAUAAAGAACGUUUUGAGAAAGUCAAUGAAAUUUUAUUAUCCAAUACAGAUUAUUAUUUAUCCACAGAAGAAGUUCUUAAAAUUUGUGCUUAUGAACAAAUAUUAAAUACAAAUGAUCAAUCGCAUCAUCAACAAAAAACAUCAAUUGAUAUAAGUGUAGAAAAUAUACAAGAACAAUUUAAUAAGAACUCUUUAGCUUUGAAUAUCGAUCAACAAAAUACUGAUCGUAGAAGUGAAGAAGUAAAUAUUAGCAGAAUGACAAGAUUAGAUUUACGAGAAACUAGUCUUACACUUCAAUUCAUACUUGAUUGUUAUACUCGAAAUAUGUCAAUGUAUACUCAUGAUUCUGUUCUUCGACGUAAAAUAAAACAAACAAUCAUAAUAACUAUAUUUGAUUCUAUUCUCAAUGAACACUUAAGAAAAUUAGUCAAUGGGUUUAAAUCUUUGGCUGUUUAUAAAGCUCAAUUAUUAAUUGAAAAAGAAUUGAUAGUUAUUAAAUUAUUAUUAAACAUACGUAAACAACAAGCACUAUUAACAAUUGAUGAUCUGAAUAGAUAUCUUGAAUCAUAUCCAAUACCAUGUCGAUUGUGA